UACUGUCAAAACUCAAAUAGUCAUUACAUCAUAGGUUAAAAAAUUUUUCUAGUUUCUUAGUCAAAAUAUAAAAGUAAAUCCAGAAAAAAUGUCUCUUGUUAAUUUAUUCAAACAAGGAUGGCAUAAAAUGCCAGAUGUUGUGGGAAGUUCAUUUUUGGCACUGAUUGGUGCUGCUUUUGGAACUGUUGGAGUUUUAAAUUAUUAUGCAAAAGAUGGUGAUAAUCGUCGUUACAAAUUGGAUUAUACAGUUUACCGUGAUGACGACCCAAGAUGUAAAACCAUUAAACAAUAGAAGAAAAAUUAGUAAAAACGUUUGGAACACUUUUUAAAUAGUUUUGUAUAUAAGUUUAUGCUGUUCAAAAUAUAGUGUUAAUUCUCACAAA